GAUUAGAAGUCACAUGUAUGCAAAAAAAAUAUGCAAAGCCCCACCGAAACUGAAGAAGCUCGAAAGGGCUCUCUGAAUGAGCGGCUGGAUCGGCAUAUGGCAUGGAAACGCGAAUUCUUUCGCACUCGCUCACCACCACCUGCGAUUGGUCGUAUCCAUCGCCGACAAGCAGGGCACAAGGGCGGUGCGCCAGUGCACAUCACCUUUAAGAGAGCGCGUGAAAUUGCGUUUCAGCAAACCCCAUCCGACGAUUGCGCUGCAGCCCACGAUGUGCCAAACAGCCAAGAGGACUCAACGGAACCUCUGAAGAUGAGUCGACACAAACAGUGGUUGGCGCAGAUGCGGGAGGAGCGCGCCCGCCGAAGUCCUUUCACAGACCUUCAAAUUCAUUCGAACGCUCAGAAGACGGUGAUUAUGGCCAAUCUGCACCCAGAUACUAUCGAGGAAGAUGUACGGCGCUUUGCAGACCAGUUUGGCCGUGUUGUGCAGGUGCGCAUUGUGCGACACAACCGGACCGGGAAAAGCCGCCGCUACGCAUUUGUGGAGUAUGGUCUGACAGGGGAGGCUCGUAGGGCGACAACAUAUAGCAAGAAAAAGCGCCUCAAGGGUCGCUCUAUCAUUAUAGACAUAGAGCGCGGUCGCAUUGAGGUAGGCUUUCUUCCAAAGCGCUUGGCUGAAGCGGCGAGGUAUGAACCCAGCGAUGCAGACACAAAAAUCUACGAGAAAUCAACAUCACAGCUCACAAAUGCCAGCGUUCUAGACUCGCAAAGAAUGAUGAAGUCUGUUGAAUCUAACGAGUGCGAUGAUGACGAUGCCUUCCUUAACGCCAUAUUGAACAACUAG